AUGCAGCCUGACAGUACCACUGCCAUCGCCAGAGCCCUGGUGGAAAUUUCUCAGCCAAUCAAACGCAGAGCAGCACUGUCUGUGUUGGUGUGCAGAAGGGCGUGUUUCCUCUAUUUAAACCGUGGGUUGUGGACGGAUUACACACAUACGCAUCUUACCUGGAUAAGACUGAGUCAAAGCGCACCUCUGCACCAGAACAUUUCCAAAAUGAGUGACAACAACCCAGUCAGUCAGGAGGUGGAGCAGUUUAACAAGCAAAAGCUGAGGAAGACCAGCACACAAGAAAAAAACCACCUUCCCACCAAGGAGGAAAUUGAAGAGGAGAAGAAAGCUAUGAAGGUCCUGUUUGGUAACGUCUUCAUCUUCCACCUUGGAGUCCUAUCAUCAAAUCCACCUCUGCCACUAGUUUCUUUUGCCACCAUGUUCUAA